AUGGAAAUGAGCAGCGCCGAGCUUCGUAACCAAGAUGUGGUGAGAGUGCUGAUGAGUGAGCACGCCGAGCGUCAAGGAGAAAAAAGGACAGCAACAGCGACUACGGUGAAGGCUGAAGAUGCAAGCAAGGCAUUCAGCGCCGAGCCAAACGAUGUCCAGUGGGACAUAAUGAUGAAGGCAAUGGCUGCGAUCGAGGUGGCGUCUGCAGUCUCGCUCGGAUGUGAAGUUUCGACAAGCAAGGACGUGUCUGGAAUGUGGACCGUCUACAGUGGUGCAACGCACCACAUUUGCCACGACAAGACCAAGUUUGCAAGUUUGGUAGAGCGCAAUGAGGGCGAACUAUUGGUGGCUGAUGGCAACAAGGUGGCCAUCAAGGGUGUUGGAACCAUCAUGGAAAAGGUGGUUCUGCCCAACGGUGAAGAGCGCGAGAUCGAGAUCAAGAACGCGUUACAUGUUCCAAUCGUGUUUGACUGGUCCAAGAUGUAUGUGACUCUCAAGAACUCACAGCAAGUGUUGGCGACAGAGGAUCUCGUGGAUGGACUUUACUAG